AUGGUAGGUUGUUUGAAAUACGUGAAAGGUGAAGAUUUUACCGACAAACUUUGCAUGGGCGUGUUCAGUCUUCUCCAAAUGCCACUAAAGCCUUUAGACGACUUGAAAUUCAAAAACAUUUUAGACGUUUCAGACAAAUUAACUUCUUCAGUCAAAGAACUACAAGCAAUCUGUAAAAAAGCUGCAAGCGAAAUUGUGGUUCGACAAGUUCUAGCAGAACUCGAUCAGUGGGACGUUCAAGCCAGAUUUAUUCUAACAGUUCACACAAACUCUAGAGGCAAAAACGUCAAGCUGGGGAAAGAUUUCAAGGAGAUUUUAAGCAACAUCGGAGACAACCAAAGUCUGCUCCAAUUUGUCAAAAAUUCCGCCGAUUAUUAUGAAAGCUUCUCAGAACGUGCAAGCUUAUGGGAGAACAAACUCGCAGUCCUUGACCAAAACUUGUCUCUGUUGGCCCAAAUCCAGCGCAAAUGGGUUUACUUGGAACCCAUUUUCGCAAGCGGAACUCUAAUCCAAGAAAAGUCCAGGUUUGAUAAAAUCGACAAAGACUUCCACCACGUUCUCAUCUUCAUUGAAAAACAUCCUCGAGUUUCUUCUUUGUGUAGAUACCCAAACCUGAGCGCAAUUUUGAAAAACCUCCAAGACCAGCUGAACCGUUGCCAAAAGAGCUUGGAUAAUUUUCUCAUGGAAAAACGUAACAAGUUUCCGCAGUUUCUCUUUCUAGGUGAUGACGAUCUUCUAGAAGUCGUUGGUCAGUCGUCUGAAGAACAAGUCAUUCAAGCGCACCUCAAAAAAUUGUUUGCUGGAAUUAACACGAUCCAGUUGAAUGACGACGGUAGCAAGAUCAUCGCGAUGUGUUCGCUACAAGAUGAAGUCGUACCUUUAACCAACCCGAUCAAUAUAAAUAGACCCGUGGAAGACUACCUCAACUCCUUAGUAAAAGAAAAGCAAUCCACACUGAAAGAGCUUUUGGUUGAGUGUCUCAGCGAAGGCCAAAACGCGGAUCCUCUUAAAUACCCUUCCCAAAUUUUGUGUCUUGCUGAUAACAUCACGUUCACACUUAAAGUCGAACAGGCAAUAGCUAACAUGACUCUACCGCCUCUCCUCGCGUACUACAAAGCCCAACUACCUCACUACAGCUCUUUGGAAUUAAGUGCCGGCGAAGAAACGUCUUUUGCGUCAAUGAACCUCAGCAAGAAUAACGACAACAAUACUCUAGAAGUUAAACUGAAGGCUCUUCUUCUGGAUACCAUACACCACAUUGACGUUCUUGGUGAACUCCUCGACGUCAACGUAACCAAAGUUACUGACUGGGUUUGGCAAAAACAACUACGGUUCUAUUCCAACUCAACUGGUGAAGUCACCGUCAAAAUGGCGAACGCUCGAAUGGACUACGCGUACGAAUACCUUGGAAACUCGCCAAAACUAGUACGCACUCCUCUUACCGACCGCUACUUUUUAACUUUAACCCAAGGAAUGCACUUGAGUAUGAGUGGUAACCCGUAUGGUCCAGCAGGUACUGGCAAAACCGAAUCAGUGAAAGCUCUGGGGGGUCUUCUAGGAAGACAAGUUCUAGUGUUUAAUUGUGAUGAAGGCUUAGAUGUUGCUUCUAUAGGGAGAAUUUUAUCCGGAUUGGUCCGAAGUGGCGCUUGGGGCUGCUUCGACGAGUUCAAUCGACUAGACGAUGCCAUUUUAUCUGCUGUAUCCAUGCGAAUACAACCCAUACAAAUCGCUUUGAGAACAAACCAAGCGAAACUGGUUCUUCUAGACCAGGAAAUUGUCGUCAACAAGCACUGUGGCAUUUUCGUCACUUUGAACCCCGCUGGUGGGAGUUACGGCGGUCGAAACAAGCUACCUGAUUAUCUAAAGCUUUUCAGACCCGUGGUGAUGACCCAUCCGGACCAUGAACAAAUUGCACGAACUUUGCUACAUUGUGAUGGUGCGAACGCCGACAUCAUUGGGAAAAAACUGAUCGAAAUUUUUGAUUCGUCGAGUAAGUUGUUAAGUAAGCAACAACACUACGACUGGGGUCUUAGAGCUAUAAGAACCAUUCUAACUGGCUGCGGCAGGGCUUUAAAGUUACACAGAAAGAAAACUGAAGAAGCGGAAGGUAACCAGUUGUUUGUUGAACCUACUUUGGUUGUCAAAGUGCUAAGAAUGGACACUUUAUCAAAACUGACGUUCUCUGAUAGCGUCAAGUUUGAAAGAUUAAUCAAAGACGUGUUCAAAUAUGUGGUUGUUGAAGACAUGGGAAACGAAAUCCUUGUCAAAGCUUUGGAAGAAAGCUGUCAAGAUUUGGCACUUGCGGUUAACCAAAGACAAAUUGACAAGUGUUUAGAAUUGUACGAACAACUGAAACAACGAAUGGGAGUGGCUAUUGUCGGACCACCCAGUUCUGGCAAAACUUCAGUACGAAAUUUGCUCUUCCGGGCUUUACACAAAAUGGGGAAAACUCUCAAGCAACACGUCUUCAACCCGAAAAGUAUGCAAAAAACCGAGCUUCUGGGUCAAAUCGACUUAGAUACCAGACAAUGGUGCGACGGAGUUUUAACUCUUUACAAUACGUGGUCAUGGAUUGUCUGCGAUGGUAACAUCGACCCGGAAUGGGUGGAAGCUCUAGAUUCGGUCCUUGACGACAACCGACUCCUAUCUCUACCGUCCGGUUGGAGAGUCCAAUUUGGUCCCAAUGUCAACUUCAUAUUUGAAACACAUGACUUAAGUCACGCUUCACCUGCCACGAUCUCAAGAAUGGGUAUAGUUCUACUUAGUGAAGAAGAUCUAGAUUUGAACUCGUACAUCAACAACUAUGUUAAAACACAGUCUGAAGACUUUGAAAUUUUGCUACACUGUGAUUGUUACGCGAACGCCGACAUCAUUGAGCUAUAA